AUGAGUGCAGGAAAUCUCUCAAACAUGCAACCACCUAAAGAGUUCAAAUUUCCAUUUGAACUGAAUAAGCAGACUUCAUAUACUCUGCAAUUCACUAACAAAACCGAUGAAUAUGCUGCUUUCAGUGUUAAAACGACCGACCCAAAGAAAUACUGUGUUUUCCCAAGCGUAGGGAUUGUAUCGCCUAGAACAGUAUGCAACGUCACAAUAGUUAUGCAAGCACAGAAAAAAGCACCAAAGGGUAUGCAAUGCAAAGAUGAGAUACUUGUGGAGAGCGUCGCUUUAUACGAUAUGUUUGACGAAGGAAGUGCCCAGGUUACUAAUAUGGAGGAUAUGAAAUUCAGGGUUAUUUAUGUUCCAGCAAAUCAAGGAUCUGAACAAGCACUAUCGAAGGUGACUUAUGUUCCACACAGUCCACUGCAGCAGGGAUCUACUACUAAGGCGGCAUCUUGUGUGGAUAAUGGGAGUCCAACAACUUGUUUGUUUGAUGAUAUAGCAAGAUCAAUUUGCUUAUGUAUAAAGAGGAUGUUUAAGGGAAAAAUAAGCUGCACUGUACUGAUGCCGCGACAGUAG